AUGUACAGCAGAGUACAUAUCGACGAAAAGUGGUUCUUUUUGACCAAGGAAAAGAGAACCUUCUACGUUUAUGAAGAUGAAGAGCUUGCUCAUCGGGCAGCCAAGUCGAAACGCGUCAUCACAAAAGUGAUGUUCCUGGACGCCGUUGCGCGCCCGCGCUACGAUCACCACCUCAUGCGCAUGUUCGACGGCAAGCUUGGUAUUUGGCCCUUUGUCCAACGUAUUCCCGCCGCAAGGAACAGCAAGAACCGUCCGAAGGGCACGUUGGUGACGACCCCACUGAACGUCGACGCCAAGGUGUAUACGGCUAGCGUUCUCAACAAUGUCGUCCCCGCAAUCGCGGCCAAGUUUCCUCGUGCCUGUUUGCAACGUGAUGUUCUCAUCCAACAAGACAACGCAAGCCCGCACAGAGUUGUGUCGACCGAGAUGUUGGUGGCGAAUGGGGUGCAAUCAAUUGGCAUUGCGAACCAACCACCAAACAGCCCCGACUUUAACGUUCUAGACUUAGGAUGUUUCAACGAACAAUCGUUAGUUGAGUUGCCAGUCAAUACUCUGGCUAAGACUUUUAUCACCUUGCCGAAGGUGAUGGAAUGUGCCCUGCUUGAUAGCGGGGGAAAUAACUUCAAGAUGCCGCAUAUGAAGAAGGGCAAUACCGUUGACGAAGUCACGUCCUUUCAAGUCUAA